AUGUCUCUUCCUAUGACAUACAAGGCAUUUCGCCGUGCCACGGGAAAUCCGCCAUUGACCGUCGUCCCAUCCACCGAAAACCUUUCUCCUGAUUUGGGUCCUACCGAUGUCCUGGUCAAAAUCCACACCGUUUCGCUCAACUUUCGUGACAUUGCCGUCCUUCAUGGACUAUACAAUAUUCCAUCUGAAGAGAGCGGCAUCCCCGUUUCUGAUGCCGCUGCUGAAGUUGUUGCCGUUGGCUCAGGGACCCACAAUUUCCAGAUUGGCGCCCGGGUGUCACCCAGCUUCCUGGUUUCCCGCUUGACCGAUGACGAAAAUAAUCCCAAUUUCAACUGCGUUGGACAUGAUGUUCCCGGUGUGCUUCGCAAAUUCGCAAUUUUUGACGCGAAAGUGCUGCUGCACCUGCCCAAACAUCUCUCAUGGGAGGAGUGGGACACAAUCGCGGAUUCCUUGCGUGGUCUAUUCAGCAUGGGUCUUCUGAGCCCCAGUUUCUUGCAUUCACAAAUUUUUAUAACUCCUCCUUCCCCGACCAUAUCCUUCGCAGAACAAACAGUCAUUGUAACAGGGUCGAACGUGGGCCUCGGUUUCGAAGCAGCACGACAUUUUACCCGACUUGGCGCUGCGAAAGUCAUCCUCGCUGUUCGCAACCGCCGCGCGGGCGAAGAGGCCAAACGGUUCAUCGAGGCAUCCACGAAUACCUCAGGUAUUUGUGAAGUUUGGGACCUCGAUCUUGCCUCCUACAAAUCGGUUCUCUCGUUUGGAAAAAGAGUCGCGGAACUCCCUCGGCUUGAUGUGGUUGUGGCAAAUGCCUCAAUUGCAACUCCGCACUUUCAAAUAGCGGAGGGCCAUGAACGCACUAUCACAGUAAACGUUAUUAGCACAAUACUGUUGGAAUUACUCGUGUUGCCGACGCUGCGGAGGAGUGCGAGAUUAUAUCCUGGUACGAAACCUCGGUUGACAACAGUGGUAAGCGAGGUACAUGGCUGGGCGAAGUUUCCUGAGCGUAACGCAGAGCAUGUUUUUGCCGCGUUGGAUGAUGUGGAUUGCGCCAAUAUGGCAGAGAGAUAUGAAGCUUCGAAGCUCUUACAGGUGCUUGCGCUCCGGGAGAUGGCAGCCCAGGCAACCGAUAACUCAGUGGUGAUGAAUAUGGUCAAUCCUGGGUUCUGUCAUUCCCAGCUGGGGCGUGAGAUUGGCUUCGUGUUCAGCAUGAUAAAGAUGGUGCUCGCUCGGUCAACAGAGGUGGGUAGUCGGACACUGGUGGCGGGAGCAGCAAGCGGAGAGGAGAGCCAUGGAAAAUAUAUGACAAAUGGACUGGUUAAUAACGAUGCUCUGUCGCCAUUUGUUCGCAGUGAGGAAGGAGACAAGACACAGAAGAAGAUAUGGGGAGAGCUGGUUGCAAUUCUUGAGGCAAUUGAGCCCGGAUUAAUGCAAAGCCUGUAA